GCGGACGACGACGUCUCGUUAGAACGAACGGUGUACUACAUGCGUGCACUACCGUCUCUACUUCACUGUUCCUCCUCUGUUACCCUUGAUAACCGAGCGAGCCUUUCGAUCUAGAAUAAAUCUGGGAACGUCGCGAAGAAGAAGGCGUCCAGUUGGUGCAGUGUGCUGAAAUGUCGGAAAUAGAAGAUUCGCAGGACGCUUCGGAGCAAGAUGAUACACAAGAUGAGACCACGGAAGCAACAGAAAUUAACCAUGAGGUAGCAAGUACGACAGAAGAAUCGGAAAACUCAGAAUUGUCAGAAAAGUCGUUUACUAAGGAAACAGAGGAGGAACAAGGAGAAGUUGAGGACAAGAAACAAGAGGAAAUUAAAGAGAAGGAACGAGAAGAAAUCAAAGAAACGGAACGAGAAGAAAUAAAGGAAAAAGAAGUAGAAAAAAUCGAAGAAACAGAAACGAGGGAGACACCAAGUCACGAAGAGACGCAAAAAGAAACGUCGGCCUCAGCAGAGCUGGCGACCGUCACGAGAAGCGCGUCGUCGGACGACGGCGUGCCGGUGUCGGGAGUAGUUGCGAGGCAGGUGGAACCAGGUAUAGGAGCACCAUUGGCAACCACCGUCGACGACGGAGACGGACAGCAGCGUCGCACCAGCAGCGGUACAAGCGCGGCAGUCGCUCCAAAAAAGCCGCUGUCGCCGUUCGCCAAAUUUCGUCAACUCGAUAGACAAAAUAGCGCCAAUUUGUCGCCAAGCCCUGUAAAAUCGCCGGCAACGGAAUUUCGAUUCAAAUUUACCGAACCAACUGUACGAGAUAAUGCUGCGCAAAUUAAGGAGCGAUUACUGGCAUGGUGCCGAUCGAAAACCAAAGAGUAUGAGAAUAUACAGCUUGACAACUUCUCGACAAGCUGGAACAAUGGUUUAGCAUUCUGCGCAUUGAUCCAUCAUUUUAAGCCGGAUGCUUUCGACUACAAUUCUUUACGUCCAGAGAAUCGCAGGAAAAACUUCGAACUUGCUUUUACGAAGGCUGACGAAGUCGCUGGAAUCGCGCCGUUACUUGAUGUCGAGGACAUGGUGAUGAUGCAACGACCAGACUGGAAGUGCGUCUUCACAUACGUUCAGUCCAUCUAUCGUCGCUUCAAGGAUGAAGACUAGUGGCUAUAGUUUAUAAAUCGCAACAGCAGUAACAUAAUUCCAUUUCAUGCCAAGGCAUAACAAUGAUUGCUACUCGUAGAACAAAGUCUUCUUUUUACUUCAUAUGUGGUGGUGAAGAACAAUAGCUAUUUCUUUUUUUUUAUAUGCGUACAUUCAGAUUGGUGUUUAUGUAGCCACA